CCGUGGUCUUAAGACGUGUUUCGCGGGCGCGCGCUCGCGUUCCUCUUAAUCUUUGGAACAAACCCAUAGGCGAUUGUUUUCCACUAGAAGAAGUUUCCAAGUCAUCAUAUUCAUCGUAAUGACGUACAACAACAUGAGUGCAAAAUUGUUCUCUUGCAAAACAACACAGAAAGCAUCAGCAACGUGAGCAGUGGAUUGUGUACCAGAAUUGGCAAAAAAAAUUGGACUGAAUAACACGUUGAGUGAGAUUGGAGACGUUUGAGCUUGACGAAACUUGUCUGAGUGAAAAUUGCGUCCAGGAAAAGACAAGACGAAAGUGUUUGAGUGGCAAAAUAGGAAGAAAGAAAAAAAAAAGCGGAAGAAGCAAGUGACAAGACUAAAGGCAGACAAGCAGACAAAGGAAAAACAUAAAAUCAGCAAGUGUUACAAUUAUUGAGUAAUUUGAGCGAUUAUCUUUUGAGCACGGAAAAUAGCAACAACUUUCGGAUAUCCAUCGCAUUACGAUAACUGAGGGUACCCCGUCUCUUUUCUGGAGUGGAGCGGAAUUUGUUUCUUAGCAGCACGCGAGCUUUUGAAGACAUGGACAAGCAGCACAACAAAUUGCUAAUGUGGAUUAUCUUUCGAAUGUGAGAACACCUAUCAUCACACCAACUUGAUCCUACCACUCGCCCUCAGUAGAGAACGAAAGAAGAAGCAACCACAAACAAAGGAGUUACCGCAGCGAAACAGGAUAUUCCGCAUUCAAGGACUUCAAAUCUCUCCGUCGCGGCGUACUGAAUUAUGUUCCGCCGCACACAGAGUCAAUAUCACACGAGAGCUACCAGUAAAAAUUGGCGCAAAUAUCCAAAUUCUUGAAAACUAGAAACGCCAGUUCCGUUUUUUAGUUCUUAGUAUUACAUAAUAAUAAUUCCAGCAAUGGUUUUCAAUAUUUUGAUAGCAUCAUCUGUGAUUAAAACAGCCACAGUGGUUGGCUCUAGUCUAUGGCUGAUUCCAUUUCUGUUGGGAGCGAUCUCAUACUAUCGUUACGAUCGAGUUGACCCAGAGUCCCGAGUCAUUGACCAGCACCAUAUAUAUCCGGAAUAUGAUUUCAUAGUCGUUGGAGGUGGAUCAGCGGGUGCGGUUGUGGCCAAUAGACUUACCGAGGUGAGCAGAUGGAAGGUACUACUCCUAGAAGCUGGACCCGAUGAGAAUGAAAUAUCAGACGUUCCAUCCUUGUCGGCGUAUCUUCAGCUUAGUAAAUUGGAUUGGGCUUAUAAAACGGAACCUACUGACAGAGCAUGUCUCGGCAUGGUAAAUAAUCGUUGCAACUGGCCGAGGGGCAAAGUUCUUGGUGGAUCUAGCGUGUUGAACUAUAUGAUAUACGUGAGAGGGAACAAAAACGAUUUCAAUCAUUGGGAGUCGCUGGGUAACCACGGUUGGGGCUAUAAGGACGUGUUGCAAUACUUCAUCAAAUCGGAAGAUAACCGCAACCCAUAUCUUGCCAGGAAUCCAUAUCAUGGUAAGGGAGGACUGCUCACAGUUCAGGAAUCACCAUGGCAUACUCCACUGGUGGCAGCAUUCGUAGAAGCCGGUACAGAAAUAGGAUACGAGAAUAGAGACAUCAACGGAGCCCAACAAACGGGGUUCAUGAUUGCUCAGGGAACUAUUCGUCGUGGAAGUCGAUGUAGUACGGCUAAAGCUUUCCUCAGACCCAUAAGGCUCAGAAAGAAUCUGCAUGUUGCAAUGAACGCUCAUGUCACAAAGUUAUUGAUCGACCCUGGCACGAAAAAAGCGGUUGGUGUUGAGUUUUUCCGACAAGGUAAGCGCCAUUUCGUAAAAGCGAAACGAGAAAUCGUCAUGUCCGCUGGGUCGAUCAACACUCCGCAGAUAUUGAUGCUGUCAGGUAUUGGUCCAAAGGAACACCUAGAUGAGAUAGGCAUUAAAACGAUAGUUGAUCUGCCGGUUGGGAAAAAUCUUCAGGAUCAUGUUGGAAUGGGUGGUUUGACCUUCUUGGUCGACAAACCAGUAGCGAUUCUGCAGAACCGCCUCGAAGCAGCUUCCGUAACCAUGAACUAUGUGAUCAACGAACGAGGCCCGAUGACGGUGUUGGGUGGAUUAGAAGGUGUCGCUUUCGUAAACACGCCAUUCGCUAACGUUUCCCACGAUUGGCCAGAUAUUCAGUUCCACAUGGCACCAGCUUCGCUGAACUCGGAUGGUGGAGCAAGGGUCAAAAAAAUUCUUGGUUUGAAAGAAGAUCUAUACCAAGAAGUGUUUCACCCAAUUGCGAACACAUUUAGCUGGACUAUCAUGCCCUUGCUUUUACGUCCUCGAUCGAGAGGAUGGGUGCGGUUGAAAUCGAAAAAUCCCUUCCACUAUCCCAUCAUGAAUCCUAACUAUUUCGAAGAUCCUUUCGAUGCGAUGACGCUAGUGGAGGGAGCCAAGAUCGCUUUGCGAGUUGCUGACGCGAAUGUGUUCAAGCAGUUUGGCAGCCGUGUUCAUCGGAAGCCUCUUCCCAACUGUAAACAUCAUAAAUUCCUUUCGGAUGCAUACUUGGACUGCCAGGUGCGAACAAUAUCGAUGACUAUCUACCAUCCCGUGGGUACAACCAAGAUGGGUCCGCAGUGGGACCCGGAGGCUGUGGUGGAUCCAAGAUUACGUGUGUAUGGGGUGACCGGAUUACGUGUCAUAGACGCUAGUAUAAUGCCAACGAUCGUUAGUGGAAACACUAAUGCCGCUGUAAUAAUGAUUGGCGAGAAGGGCGCCAACAUGAUCAAAGAAGACUGGCUGGGGCAUAGUUGUUAUUUCCAGUUGAUAUCUUUUGGACAGGAUAGUGUGAUGUCGUUGAUCGAUUUCCUCAGGGAUGGAGGGAAACGGCUGAACGAAGAAAUACCCAGUCGUAGGGUCAUCUAUGACGAGUAUGAUUUUGUGAUAGUUGGUGCGGGAUCGGCAGGAUGCGCUUUGGCCGCGAGGUUAUCGGAGAUAAGUGACUGGAAAAUUUUACUGAUAGAGGCAGGUGAAAAGGAAAACUUACUUAUGGACAUUCCGAUGUUUGUGCAUUACUUGCAAAGUUAUGAUGUUAAUUGGGAUUAUAGGACAAAGCCCAGCGAUAAAUACUGUUUGGCGUUCCGGAAUAAUCAGUGUAGAUUCCCACGCGGGAAAGUCAUGGGAGGAUCGAGUGUUCUGAAUUAUAUGAUUUAUACUCGGGGGAACCGUCGCGACUAUGAUGCGUGGGCAGCAGCAGGUAAUGAGGGUUGGAGUUACAAAGAAGUGUUACCAUAUUUCCAAAAAUUAGAACACAGUACAGUUCCUGACGCAUACCCCGGGUACGCCGGGAAGAAUGGACCGCUAUCGGUUUCCUACGUACCGUAUAAGUCACAAAUCGCCAAAUCAUUCAUCGAAGCUUCCAGUGAACGCGGAAUACCAUAUGUGGAUUACAACGGACCAACACAGAUUGGUGUUUCGUUCAUACAAAGUACCACCAGAAACGGUUAUCGUGAUAGUACAAAUGCUGCCUAUCUUUAUCCUUUAAAAAACAGAACAAACCUUCACGUGAAGAAGAAAAGCCAAGUUACCAAAGUUAUUUUCGACGAAGAAACCAAACGAGCAACGGGUGUGAAGUUUUAUCACAACAACCAGUAUUACACAGUGAGAGCCACGAAAGAAGUUAUACUGUCUGCCGGUGCCAUUGGAUCGCCCCAUCUGCUGAUGCUCUCUGGAGUUGGUCCUAAGAAGCAUCUACAGGAGAAAGGCAUCAAACCAAUAUCCGAUCUGCCCGUAGGAUAUAACUUUCAAGAUCACAUUGCAGCGGGGGCACUCACGUUCCUCGUCAACAACACAUCCAGUAUGAUGCUGGAACGAACACUGUCGCUGGAGAAUUUUAUGGAGUACCAAUUGCAUCAUACGGGACCGCUAACAUCGAUUGGGGGUUGUGAAACUAUCGGUUUUUUCGAUUCCGAGCACCCGAACGACCCGGACGGAUGGCCGGACUACGAACUGCUCCAGAUCAGCGGGACAAUGGCCGGGGAACCGUCGUUCGAAUUCAAUUUCAACUACAAACACGAAACAUUCCAGAAAAUGUUCGGCGAAAUACGAAGGAAAAGCAUGAGUGGUUUCACGAUAUUCCCGCUAAUAUUGAGACCCCGAAGCAGUGGACGGAUUUACCUGAAAAAUUCCAACCCAUUCAAGCAUCCUGUGAUUGAACCGAAUUAUUUUGCCGACCCUUAUGAUUUGGAUAUUUCCGUUAAAGCCAUUCGAAAAGCACUCGAAAUCGUUGAGUCCCCGGCGAUGGCGCGAUUGAACGCCCACCUCUUACCGAUCCCAAUGCCAGGGUGUGAACACUUACAGUUUAAUUCCGACGAGUACUGGCGUUGUUUCACGAGACAUGUCACGUACACCAUAUACCACCAUGUGGGGACAUGCAAAAUGGGUCCCCGGAAAGAUCCCACCGCUGUUGUUGAUCCAAAAUUGCGGGUUCACGGCAUUGCGGGGCUACGCGUUGUUGACGCUAGCAUAAUCCCAACAGUGCCAGCCGGACAUACCAACGCCCCAACAGUGAUGAUUGCUGAAAAAGCUGCCGAUAUGAUAAAAGAAGACUGGAACGUGGUCCGGUGAUUGGGGGAUUUGGUGAUUUUUCUGUACGUGAUUGGCAUUCUACAAAGACUGUGUAAAUAAAUUAUAUUUAGUUGCAAUUGUUAAUAUAAAA